UCUCUCUCUCUCUCUCUGUUUCUGCUCGCGCAUAGGUUUUGCUUUUCAAGAAAGUUUUGGGUGAUAGCAAUAUGGGAAUUUUGAAUGUUGAGGAUGAACAUCAAGCAACUGCUCUUACUCUUUCUCCUUGCUCCAAUUCCUGCAGCAACAGCGUGGUAGAGAUGAAUCAAAAGGGUUCAGAUCACGGCUAUGAAGAAGAGGCACCGGCAGAGAGAAACAAAACGAAGAAAACUGUGCGAUUUGAAGAAGCGUCUAACCAGAUCAUCGUCUUCACUUCUGCGGCGGCGCCGCCGCCGCACGCGUCGAAGAAGGUGGUGUGCAUAUGCGCCCCGGCCACGCAUGCCGGCGCGUUCAAGUGUCGCCUCCACCGCGAGAACUCGAGCCACCGGCCGUCUUCUUCCGCGCCGUGGAUGGUAAAGCAUGGCGGCAGAGGGCCGAAGGUUUUCAGCCCCGCCGGAAAGGUUUCCCAGCACGGCGGUUUUGGCAGCCAGACUCACCAUUCAAAACUCGUCAGAGCCGCCAUGGCUAAUGUCCAGCAAAGCUCUGCAGGUGUUGAUCAGACGCAGAUUCACUAGCUAGAGAAGAAGAUGAUCAAAUUCAAGUUUAGGGUUUGAAUUAUGAGAGGCAUUAGGCCAUCAUCAACAAUAGCUCUAGUUAUUACUUUUUUGUUUUGCUGGGUAAACAUUGUAUAUAUUAGUUUGGGCAAUUUUGCCCCUGAAGUCGGACAUUAGAAGUGGUCAAAGACCAUAUUAAAAGCAUAUUAGUCUGGGGA